CAAAAAUACUACACAGUGCUGCAAUGUGUACACAUGUACAUGAUGUGUAUUAUACGUAGCGCUGGGGGUAUUAUCGCUGUAUGUAGUAUCAUGAUAGUCGUACACGUAUUUGCGCUGUGUGCACUAUGAAUGCAAUGAAGGUACGUGCACAUGAAAAUGAACUAAGUUACUUACAAUUUACACCUUUACGAAGUGCCAGAAAUAUCUGUUCAGUCAAGGUGUUUGACUGCCGGCAUCCUGAGGAAUAGUGGAAUUAACGUGAGUGGCUCGGUGUUUGUUAAUGUUUUACCAAGUUGACCAGGGGACUUCAGUGUCAUCUUAGUCAUUGGUCAACAGUUGAACCACCAGUGCAUAGACAGUAAGGAGUGAUCAAGCUGGGUUGUCCACUAACAAGACAGUAGAGCAACCAUGUCCAUGGCCAGUCUGUUCUCCUUCACCAGCCCAGUGGUGAAGCGGCUCCUGGGCUGGAAGCAAGGAGAUGAGGAGGAGAAAUGGGCCGAGAAGGCUGUAGACUCACUCGUCAAGAAACUCAAGAAGAAGAAAGGUGCCAUGGAGGACCUUGAAAAAGCCCUGUCGCGCCCCGGAGAAGCCAGCAAAUGUGUCACAAUACCCAGGUCACUUGACGGGAGGCUGCAGGUCUCGCAUCGGAAAGGGCUCCCUCAUGUUAUUUAUUGUCGCGUGUGGCGCUGGCCCGAUCUGCAGAGUCACCAUGAGCUGAAGGCGCUUGACGUCUGUGAGUACGCGUUUGGCAAGAAACAGAAAGAGGUUUGCAUCAACCCGUACCACUACAAGAGAGUAGAAAGUCCAGUUCUUCCGCCAGUGUUGGUGCCACGUCACAGCGAAUCAGUCCCCUCUCACAGCCUGCUACCCUACCGCAGCCUGCCUGAUCCUCCCUAUCCACACAACGCCACAUACCCACAGAGCUUUCAGCAGCAAGGCAACCAGGGACUGUCACCUCAUCACCCUGGCUCCCCUGGUGGACCUCAGCUCUCCCCGGCUAGCUCUAGCCCCAGCAGUCCAUAUGGGGUUCCUGCUGACACCCCACCACCAGCUUACAUGUCUUCUGAUGAUGGCAACACUAAUGAUGGAACACCUAUGGACACAUCAUCUGCACAGCCAACUAAAACUAACAUUAACUUGCAAGAUGUCCAACCUGUGACGUACACUGAGCCCCAAUGCUGGUGCUCCGUGGCCUACUAUGAGCUCAAUAACCGUGUAGGAGAGCCCUUCCAUGCAUCCAGUACCAGCGUGAUUGUGGAUGGGUUCACCGACCCCUCCAACAAGACAGAUCGAUUCUGCUUGGGAUUGCUUUCCAAUGUCAACAGAAAUUCCACCAUUGAGAACACAAGGAGACACAUCAGUAAAGGUGUUCAUCUGUACUAUGUUGGGGGUGAGGUCUACGCUGAAUGUCUGAGUGACAGCAGCAUCUUUGUCCAGAGCCGCAACUGCAACUAUCGUCAUGGCUUCCACCCAACCACCGUCUGUAAGAUCCCUCCUGGCUGCAGUCUCAAGAUCUUCAACAACCAGGAGUUUGCUGCUCUCCUCUCCCAGUCCGUCAACCACGGCUUCGAAGCCGUCUACGAGCUGACCAAGAUGUGCACCAUCCGCAUGAGCUUUGUCAAGGGCUGGGGCGCCGAGUACCACCGCCAGGACGUCACCAGUACGCCCUGCUGGAUUGAGAUCCAUCUGAACGGACCGCUGCAAUGGCUAGAUAAGGUCCUGACACAGAUGGGCUCUCCCCAUAACGCCAUCUCCUCAGUCUCGUGAUCAGCUCCACGGUAGGCUACACAGGGUCUCCUGUCUGUUAUCUUGAUUCUCAAUCAUGCCAAGGAGGAAUUCUUUGUUUCGUUCAGGCUGUACUUCAGGGAGUAGAUGAUUCUUACCGAUUAGAUCAGAGCCAUGAAUGUGUGCUUGACUCGCAUACAAAGUUAGAUUUGUCAGUUUUGAAACCAAGUCGUGACAUAAUUUUUACAGAUGAAACUGAAGUUACCGUUCAAGCAGUUUGCUGAUGCCCAAACCAAAAUCAAGCAUGGAAGCCACAUAUUAUGUGAGUCAAACAGUGAAAAAAGAAGAAAAAAAAGAACAAAGAAAAAAAUGUAAUAUUAGUAGGAAUAAGGUUACACAAAAAUGACUUUCCACUCAACAUUUCCAGCACUAGAUGGAUUGCUUGUGAAGAGGUAUUAAGCUUUGCACCCCACAAUUAAGUUUUGUCACUAAAGAUGUACACAACUUACAUGACUUACAGGGAGACACUCGGUUCUGUUGAUGCGUUGCAAUUGGCCGACAUAGUUACAGUACAAACCAAAGCAUCUACCGUGGGAAAAA